CAUUUUUUUACGUGCAGUUGCAAUUUUUUUGUAAUUGUUUUUUUUCAUUAAGCUUCUGAAUUUCAAUCACUUUUUCUGUUUUUUUCUUUUUAAAUUUUUUUUCCUCUUGUAACUUGCAUUUGGGUCAAUCAUGGACUCUACAGCUGAUCCUCGUCGCGGUACCUACAAAGGCCGUAGUCAAUUCAAACCUGAAGAGAUUCGACGUCGUCGCGAAACUGCUCAGGUGGAAAUUCGAAAGCAAAAGAAAGAAGAGAAUCUAGCCAAGAGAAGAAAUUUUGACAAUUUGCCUGACGAUUCUGAUGAUGAAGUCGAUGAUAUUGCCAACUUAGAUUCCCAGUUGAUGGAAGUGUUGCCUGGCAUGGUGCAAGGUGUCUAUUCCAACGACGUUGAACUUCAAUUGAUGACGACCACUCAAUUCAGAAAGCUACUAUCCAAGGAAAAGAAUCCUCCCAUUGAACAAGUCAUUGCGUGCGGCGUGGUUCCUCGCUUUGUUGAAUUCCUUCGUUCAUCUCAUACCUCUCUUCAAUUCGAAGCUGCAUGGGCUUUGACCAAUAUCGCUUCUGGUUCUUCCCAACAAACUCAGAAAGUGCUUGAAGCUGGAGCUGUUCCUUUGUUUAUCGAGUUGUUGAGCAGCCCAGAACCCGAAGUGCAAGAACAGGCUGUUUGGGCUCUUGGCAACAUUGCUGGUGACAGUCCUCGAUGCCGUGAUUUUGUUCUCGAACAAGGUGCUGUGCCAUCCUUGUUGGCCAUCUUUGAAAGCAAUGCCAAGUUAUCCAUGUUACGAAACGCGACGUGGACACUUUCCAACUUUUGUCGCGGCAAGAAUCCUCAACCCGAUUGGCGAUUGAUUGCUCCUGCUUUGCAAGUGUUGGUGAAACUUGUGUACUCUCAAGAUGAGGAGAUUUUAAUCGACACAUGCUGGGCUUUAUCCUAUCUGUCUGACGGUUCGAAUGAUCGUAUCCAGGCUGUUGUGGAAUCUGGCGUAUGCAGCCGUCUUGUGGAACUGUUGAGUCAUCCAUCGACUUCGGUGCAAACACCUGCAUUGCGUUCCGUCGGCAAUAUUGUGACAGGCGACGACUCGCAGACCCAGGUGAUCAUUAACUGUGGCGCUAUCAGUGCAUUGCUGCAUCUUUUGUCGACUCCCAAGGAGACGAUUCGUAAAGAGACGUGUUGGACUAUUUCAAAUAUUACGGCUGGCAACGCUACGCAAAUUCAAGCGGUUAUCGAUGGCGGGUUAAUUUCUCCUUUGAUCGCUAUUCUUGCUCACGGCGAGUUGAAGACGAAAAAGGAAGCUUGCUGGGCUAUCUGCAAUGCGACAUCAGGUGGAUUGAACCGACCUGAACAAAUCAAGUACCUGGUGUCACAAGGCUGUAUUAAGCCUCUUUGCGAUAUCCUGACAUCGAUGGAUAACAAGAUCAUCAUGGUGGCAUUGGAUGGUUUGGAUAACCUCUUACGCGUGGGCGAAGUGGAGAAGCUCAACACGGCGGACGGAUUGAACCCCUAUGCCUUGCUUAUCGAAGAAUGUGGUGGUGUUGACUAUAUCCAUGCUUUACAAACACAUGAUAACAGCGAUAUCUACAAGAAGGCAUACCAUGUGAUCGACAAGUAUUUCAGCGAAGACGACGACGAAGCCGAUGCGGAAAUGGCCCCCGAUAUGCAAAACGGUCAAUUCAGCUUCCAGCAAGUACAAGCGCCUCAAGGAGGGUUUAACUUUGGACCUUAAGUGAAUAAAUACAUGCAUUCAGUACGUAUACGUCUUUAUUCAUGGCCAUUUUACCAACAAAAAAGUCACUGAUCCCGAAUCCAAAAGUGAAAAAAGAUGAAACAGAAAAAAUGAAAUAACCCACUGUUGCAUGAGUAAAAAAAAAAAAAGAAAAAAAAAAUACAAAAGGUCGAUGGAAUUCUCUUAACUGUAAUAGCUCUGUUCUAAAUACGAAUUUCUCUUUUUUUUCCAUUUUCCCAAAUUUCAUGGUCAUAAUUGUAGCUUGAUGAACAAUUACAGAACAAUCAGGGGAAUGAGGAAAAAAAAAAAAAGGCAAGGAGGGAAAUUAUUUUUUUUCUUGUCACACCACUAAAAAACCCAAAAAAAAAAACAUUUUUUUCCCCUUCCCUUUU